AUGCCGGAGCGCGCGCUGCCGUCGCUGCGGCGGAAGUCCUACCACCUCCACCCAGUGUCGCCGUCGGCGCCGCCACCUAAAGCAAGUCGGCACCGAAAAGCCGACUUUCGGCGAGACUCGACCGAGUCGACGCUCCCAGCGCCGGCCGAAGAUGCACACUUUCACAUGCACAUUCCGCGCGAAGGCUCCAACCGCUCGAUCAACGACGUCAUGAUGCUGGACGACGACUUGCUUGUAGAGCCGCCAGUUCGAGAUCUCGUGUUGGCGACCCCGCGCGUGCCCAAGGAGCUCCAGCUGCUGAAAUCGAUCCAGAGCCGCGUCGACUCGGCCAUGCAGAGCUACGACGAAGCGAUGAACCGACCGGUGAUCGAGUACGACAACAACCCGGACGAGUACAUGCCCGUGACGUGGAAGGUGGGCGAGAUCCUCAUGGCGACGCACGAAGCCAUGACCAUGAUGUCGGGCUUUAGCGACCGACCGUUCCUGCACGACUUGGACGAAGCGCGGGUGCUCAUGUCCCGCGACGCCAACGACGUUGUGAGCGAGCUCGGAAGAGACUGUGCACCAGGCAUUCGGCGCAUCAACAGCGUUUUUCAGCAGACGAUUUCGCUGCUGCAGAGCAUGCGCGCGUCGUCCAACACGUCUUCCAAGCACAGCGCGUUCUCGGACGACCUCCACAAGCUCAUCGACCGCCUUCAGAAAGAAAAGGCUAUUUUGCUCGGCCAGCUGAACGAGACGGCAAGCAUGUACACGUCCGUGACCGACACGAUCAAAGCCAAGGACGACGAAGUCAAGGCGAUCGCUGACAGUCUCCAAGUCAAAACGGAGGAGCUCGCCAAGCUGCGCCAAGAGCUCUUCAUCAAGCAGUCGGAAGUCACCAAGAAGCUCGAGAACGACAAGGCAGCGGCGCAGUGGAAGGACAAGUGCAUGGUGCUGAGCAAGCAACACCAGGCGCUCGAGAUGCGCGAGAAAGAAUCGAGCGCGAUGCUCGCCAAGACGCAGCAGGCGCUUCGCGACUCGACCGAGACGAGUUUGCUGAUUCAAAAGGAGCUCGACGACGUCCAAGCGCAGCGUGUGCUGGAGCAAGCCACGAUACGCGAGCUCCAGGCACAAUUGAGCGACCUCGCCAGUCGCCCGCGCACUUCAAACCCAGGCAUACGCGCCGAUAUUGCCAUGGAAUACGACUACGAAAUCACAGAGCUCAAAGGCAAAGUGUCGGCGCUCAAAGACCAGCUGCAUCAGUCCCAACUCGACCACAAGGCCGCGCUCGAGCGCCAACAAAACGACUUUCGAAAACAAUUUGAGCUUCAAAAAGGCGACCACGGGUUCAGCGCCGCGCAUGAUGAGAUUGAUACUUCCAAACUGUUUGUGACGCAGCCUCGGGUGCUCGUGCUCGAGCCGCACGAGCGCCCCGAGACGGCCGAGUUGACCCUCGCCGCGCUGCAGGAAAUCGACAACGACGACGACGUGGCCAACGACCUCGAUGAUCCAGCGCUUUCCAAGCACGAGGAGAGCAGUCCGCGGCACUCGGUCUUGCUGAGCCGGCGCAAGACGGCACUCGCUUCGCAAAAGACCCACAUUGAAACGCAAGUGGACGGCUUUAUCAACGAGGUGUUUGUGGCCCCCGCGACGAUUGCGCUGCCGCCCGCGCUGCCCGAGAUCCAUCCGAUACCGACCGAGGCCUCGGACGACAUGCUGCGCAAACUAUCGACGGUGCCGGGCGCCGAGAGCUACCUCACCAUCCUCACUGAGCUCCAAAUGCAGCUCGAGAUGGACAAGCAGCGUGCGCAGAAGCGCUACGUCGACGCGUUGGUGCAGUUCCGUACCGACAUGGCAGCGCGCUACGAGAAAACGACUGCCGAUCUCGUGGGCCGGCACAAGCUCGAGACGCAGCAGAUGGCCGCCACGAUCCAAGCCAAGUACCACAGCCUCGUGGAAGAGAAGGAUACGCAGCUCGAAAAGGCCCAAGACGCGCUUCGGCUCUUUUACAAAAGCAUCGACACGUCGUCAAGCUACGAGCCAGACGAGCGACGCCGUGGCGCGCUGCAGUACCAACGCACGCUUAAAGCUGUCGCGCGCGCGUCGUACCUCAUGCUCGCGACACAAAAUGAAGAAACCCAGCGGCAACACCACAACGAUAUCCAAGCGCUCUGCGACGAGAUCAAAGCCAUCAAUCUCCAGGACCUCCUUCCGGUAGUCGUCGAGGUCCCAGUACCCGUUCUCGUGGCACCAGUGGUGACCGCUGCCAGCGUCGUCGUUGACGUGACGCCGCCACCCGUGACUGCGCCUGUGCCCGAGAGCAAGCCGGUGCCUCGGACGCUCAUGGCGCGGUCGAGUGUGGUUGAGCGCCCUGUGACACCACCACCCGUCGAGUAUGCCCCACCGAGCCUGCGCGAUGGCCACACACAAGUAUCAGAGCGCGACUGGAUGGACCCGACAGCUCUCGAGGUACCGCCGCAUACAACGCUGCCCCACUACGUUCUUGAAGGCGCGUCGGCCAUGCCUUUGGCGGCACCGGAAGACGAGCUCCUGGCGAGCGUCGGUCGCCGUUUUGGCGCCGAGAUGCCAGCGCUGUGCCUCAAUCAAGUGCUACCACCAACACUCGGGCUCUCAAAGCACCGCGUGCACGAGCUCGUACAUGGCUACGCAGCGACGCUCGCCGACAUCAAGGCGCGCAUCAAUUGGAACAAAUGGCAGUGCGUCCUCAAAUGCUUGGGGCUCAAGCGCAUGGAAGAGGUGCUCUCGCUCGAGACGCACACGUCCCAUGGCGUCGAGCAUGCGCUUGUCCAGCUUCGUAAGCGCUCGGUUAUCAAGCGUGCGGGCUUCUCGGACACCCACCGUGCCCUCCGCUGCGAACAAAAGCGGGCCUGGAACGCCUGCAUGGACACGCUCGUCACAUACUCGACGGCGCCGGCAGAUUUGACGACGGACGGCGGGCUUCCCGAGACAACGCGAAGCAGCGCGGUCAAAGAUGCGGAGCUUCGAUCGCCCACGACAAUGCUCGAUGUUGCCAUUCGUCCUCCAGCGCUCGAUCGACCGGUGACCGAGGCCAAGGGGACCCCGCGCGGCGUGCCAUCCCGAGCCGGCAAGCUCCAAGUGCAAUUGGAGAGCCACGUCGUGCGCGGCGUUCCCAGCCAAUCACCGUUCAUGCGACGAAAAGCUCUCGAGUCGAUUGAGCGUAGUAUGCUGCAGCGACGGCAAGUGUUUGCCGAAACCAAUGCCAGCGUCGACCAAACGUUGCGCCACACACGACCUCCAUUCGCCCGCACUUAACACAUAUUCUAGU